AUGUUUUUACUUAAACCAACGUCAGCUUCACCAACAGCAGCAUCUACUCAUCAUCGUUUGUACGUAAAUCUUGUCGCUUCUGAAUGGAAAUAUGUAGCAGAAGGAGGUGCAAAUGUUUUAUUUCGUCAUCGACCGAAUGGAGAAGCUGCAUUUAGUCAAAUUGCAAACGAAUUCAAGGGAAAAUUAUUACGUAUAAAGAAACGUGAUGUGGUCCAAAACUCAAUUCGAACUGAAAAGGAGCAGCGAAAGAAAAAACAUCGAGCUAUUGUAGGUGAGAAACCAUAUGUACCACACUAUCCACACCCGAAAAAAGUGCUGGCUUAUGCUACAAAUGAGAUUAUGCCAUUUCUAAAGCAGCAAUUGAAUGGGAAUGUUGAGGAUCGUCACGUGACUUGUUAUAGUAGAGAGAAUACGUAUUUACAGGUCGCAGAACUUGCAGAUGUUGAAAUUGAGUUUUUAGAGGCAUUAAAUACCCAACUCUUGACACUUGAGUGUCGACCAGAUCAUCGAAGACAGAGUGAGAUUGAUGUCUCAUUGCAAUGUGUGAUGGUAUUACCGGAUGUGACAUUACCACCACCAGAUGAAGAUCGAAAUGCAUUUAACUUUUUUCAUUCGAAAAGGAUGUUACAAGAAGUAGAAGCUGCAGAUAGAGAAGAGAAGAAGGAAUUGAUCAUGCGCUUGGAACGAUGGGAGUUGAUUCCACAUGAGACAAAGAAAGAGGAGGAGGAUGAUGAUGGAGAAGAGGGAGAGAGUGGUAUGGGUGAGAUAAAAGCCAAUAGCAUAGCUGAUGUCGUUUGUAGCAGCACAAGUGUCAGUAGCACUUCAGACAAGGAAGACGACGAUGAGGAAGAAAGUAUACUGAAGGAGAAAGGGUUGAAUACGAUAUUGAAUCGGUCUGGUAGACUGCAUUGUGGAAAUAUGCCACAUACCCUCAUGACUGCACACACCUCUUCAUUUCAUGCUGAAAAUGUGUUUGACUGCUGUUUCCGCAAUAUUUGCGUGGAACUAAAGCCGAAGAUUGGAUUUAAACCAAAGGGGCCAUUGGUUAGCCCUACGAAGGCACGUGUGUGCCGAUUUUGCAUGCACCAACACUACAAGAAACGGACUGGUAAGGUGGAAGAAAUUAGUCAAUAUUGUCCGUUAGAUUUAUUCUCAAAGGACUCAGGUAGGAAGCGACGGGCUCUUCGAGCAUUGCAGCGAACACCUCAGAACAAUUUCAAGGUAUUCGUGCGCUCGGCAGAGGAUGAGGUGGUAAAUGUCAUUACGGGUCUCAAUGCUGACGCGUUGCCGAAGGGUGCGGCUCAGUCACGGUACUCUUAUUGUCGACGGAAGCGAAUGGGCUUGCGGCACUCUUGCCAGUCAAUGGGUGCUGAGCACGAGAGUGUGCUCGAUGAAAACGCAGAGCACGAGCGCGAUCAUGCGCAACUGAUGCCCGAAGUAGUUGAGCUGAUCACACAGGUUUUACAGGACCUUGCUAUUCUAGACGACUUGAAGCAGAUGCAAUUGCUAGACCACAUAUCAGUGGAUGGUGUGUGGCAUCUUCAAUUGCUGUUGAAGCGACUUGAUGAAGAGAAUAAGAAAGCAACGUCAUUGCAAUCAGAUACAACAGUGGGUCAAUUAGUAGCAGCAAUACGGCAGCACUCUACUUCCUCGAGUGACGAAGAUGUUGAUCAAGAAGAAAGUCUAGCACGUGGAUUGGCUUUUCUCCGUAUUGCGCUGAACCAUCUGCCCGAGUUAGAUGUGCUACAAGAAGUGAAGUCGUGGGAGACUAUGCGUCUCGAGCAAUUUCAUGAUUUGUACACGGAGCUCGAGAAACGAUUUCAGGUAGCCACGACGUUGAAAGAUUGUUCACUGCUUUUGUGCUUGCGCCGCUCGCCCGGUGACGAUGCAGCUCGAGGCGACGAUUGUCGAAACAAGACGUUGGAAACACCACGGCCUCGUUUCGAGCAUCUCGCAGAAUUUGAGCACCACGUGCGGUUUCGCGACCUAGCUUUUGAUUGUGUCGUGGCAAUCGUAGAUUUGGAUGUCAAAUCGCACAAGUCGGUGGAGGAUUACUACCGUCUGGAUGAGAAGAUAGCAACGAAUUUUCACCGCGAGUUUGGCGAUCGCGGUGUGGCACAGACUGUAUGCCACGAAGACUGA